AUGAAGGUUGAUGAGUCCAAGAAGAUGGCAAGAGAGAAUAUGAAGGAUAUAAUUGCUGUUGGUUUUGAUCCAGAAAAGACGUUUAUGUUCAACGAUUUCGAUUAUAUUCCACCUUUUUACGAGAACAUUUGCAAAAUCUGGAAAGUAGUGACAGGAAAUCAAGCAAGAGCCAUUUUUGGAUUCACACCUGAAGACAGUAUGGGAAAGGCGGCGUUCCCUGCCGUUGAAGCAGCGCCAUGCUUUGCAUCAUCGUUCCCUCACAUUUUCGGUAAAAAAGCACGAUAUUCCAUGUUUGAUACCUUGUGCGAUAGAUCAGCCCCACGGUUGAAAUUCCCGAAGCCUUCACUCAUCUAUUCAACAUUCCUUCCUGCAUUACAGGGUGCGCAAACGAAAAUGGCAGCUAGCGACUCAAACUCUUGUAUUUACUUGAGCGAUACCCCUAAGCAAAUCAAAAACAAGAUCAAUAAGUACGCGUUUUCUGGUGGUCAAGCGUCCAUCGAAGAACAUCGCGCAUUGGGAGGGAAUUGA